UCUCUCUCCCCCCUCCCUCCCCCUCUCGCUAAUCUCUCGCUAAAACUCGACUAACACUCCUCUUUACCUAUUCUCUAUUUCCAUGUCCGACCAGACCAGCUGCCCUGUCUACCGAGCGACAUCACGUUCGAGAUCUGCACGUCGUCGUCCUCGUCGUCGCCGCCGCCUCCGCCCCCGCCGCCGCCCCCGUCCGCGCCUUCGACGACGACGGCGACGAGGAGCGGCGAGGAAACGGCGUUCACCGAGGGGAACACGGACGCUACGUACAUCAAGUCGGAGAGAGUGGUGAGCGGUAUGCACUUCCUCACCGACCGGGAGGAGGAAAGGGGCGAUCUGUUGCUGCCCAAGUCGGAGUCAGGAGAGGGCGAGCCGGAGGUCAGGAAACAGCUGCUGGAAUACCUCAUUCAAAACGACGGUUCCGUAGUCUGCAAGUGGUGCGGCGAGGUGCUACCGUCUCGAACGCGUUGGUACAGGCACAAGUACAAACUCCACGUCUCCACCCAGGUCACCCAGCCGGCGCCACUGUUCAAGUGCCACAGCUGUAACGCUUACUUCAAAUCCCGUAAAGGUUACAUCGGCCAUCUAAGCUCCCGCCAUUCCGACAACGAAAACGACGAGAACAGGGAAGAGCCGGCCAACAAGAAGGCUCGGAAGACCUCUGACAUCGGAAAGGGGCCAGACUGGGAGCAGCAGAGGGAGAAGGAGGAGAAGUUGGUGGCUGACAUAAUCGAUCGGGUGAAAAGGGAGUGCGAGGCUCAGGGUGAAACGGUGACGAGACGAGGCUACUCAAGGCGAUCCACCGUGAUGAACAGCUAAGGAAUGGAUAAAGUGACGUAUAAAUGGGAAAUCUUGUGCCAUAUCAUCGUCGUACGAUGUCCUCCUCGUGACACGGGUCGAAGAAACCUACCCUGCCGACGCUCGUCCCACACACACACACACACACACACACACACACACACACGUACACGUAUACACAUACGCGUACACUACCCCCGCGUAUUUUAACCGGAUAUGAGAAUAAUCCUGUAUCCCCAUUGAUCAAGCGAAUAAGAUACUUUUAGGGACAAAUGUUUAAAGAUCAAAUUAGAAUUAGUUUGGACACGUGUUUAACGGCGUUCUAUGCUCAAUUGUUAUCGUCAAAAUGAUAUCGAUCUUGUCUGCGACGAUUCGAUCGUGAUCGCACGUCGAUUCGCACGAGGGAUCAUUGAGGUAAUAAUAUUCUCCACUUUGCGAAUCUGAUAUAAAUUGCUUUUUUUAAAAAAUCAAUUUUGCGAAGCAUUGGAAAAAAUUGAUGAAAAAUUAUUCGAAUUCGAAUUGUGUAAAAUCACAAGGAUGGAAUCUUUUUCCAAUCACGAGAACGUUACUCAUCGUCAGUUAUCCCUCGUAUUUGUCGAUACACCGAAUUGUCGACGUUCGUCACGAGGUCAUCGUACGAUCGAUUCAACUUUUUUGCUGCUAUAUAUAUAUAUAUAUAUAUAUAUAGAGAGAGAGAGUGGUCCGGUUAACGUUAACUUUAAUUAUUUUCGUUAUUACACGACAACAACUUGUUUUCUUUCUCCCCUUUCCCGUCGUAUUACACGACGAAAACAAUUAUACGACGUGGUAACGUUACAUGGUCCAUCCUACGUACGUGCAGCGUAAAAUGGCGAAUAUGCAUCUCGACGUAUUAAAGAGACGAGCGUCGGUAGGAUGACGAUGGAUGGUUUUCGAUCGCCGAAACGAGGACUACAAACGUGUCUAGUCAUAAUGCACGCGCGGCCGCGUAUAUUUUUUUCGUAUAUCCCAAACGACCGCGCGUUGGUACGUUAAUACGAUACAAACAAAAAAAAAAAAAAAGAAAAAGAAAAAAAAAUGUAUUUGCCAGUUCGUACGCGUGAUUCGAAUCUAUGAACACGAGGCCUGGUAAUCGCGUCCAUGGCUGCAGCUCGAGAGAAAAAUGAACGUACGUAACGUAUACGCGUUUCUCUCCUCGUUAAAAUUCUCGAUCGUUGGUCGAUAUCGUUCCUUUUGAUCUCGAUAAGUUUCGCGGAUCUUCUAAUCGCAGCGAUACGCGAACGAAAAAAACGCGAAAGUAUAGCCGAUAUGUAGCGAGGAAAAGCGGUUAUUUUGCGUCUCUGAUCGCCGCGAUGGCGUAGCUGUCGCUUCGUUUCACCAUGGCUCGGUAAUGUCGGUACGUUAAUGGCCACGUGUGUUCGGUAUAUUUUAUUUUUGUGGAAAUUCCGGGUUUUAUUAGGACACGGGUUUAUUCACGAGACGAUUCUUUGUCCUGUUAAUCUCUCUAUCGUUACAAAUGAUAUAUUUGAACCAUUCAUAACCGUUCAUCCUUAUAAUAAUCAUCGAUAUAUACGAACGACAAAAAUACGAUUUCUCGUAAGAAAAAAAAAAAAUAAAUCGACAUUACUGAUCCAAGGUCGAAAUGAUCGUACUUUAUUAUUAACGCGAGAUGAAUUGCGAUUCGAGCCUGAGAAGCUCAAUUGACGGGAAUCCAGUGCCAAAUAUAUAUCUUCCCAGGCGUACGAUAUCUCGUUGCGUAUAGAAAAAAUGCGAAAUGUUCACUACGAUACGCGAUGAGAGCGAUCGUUUGCUCAAAAGUGCAACCGUACUACUAAUUUCCUUCGAUUUUGUUCCAUUAUAUUUUCAUUUUGUUACAUUCGACGUGUGCAGGUGUUGCGUGUUAUAUCGUGAUCCGCGUAGCCAAAUAUGCUUCUUUUUGAAAACAUCGUACAGCGAUGGGACGCGUGAACGUCACGCGUGAAAUUCAUAAAAAUUAUAUCGGUAUACGGGUAUUGAUACGUGUAAGUCGCGUGAAUGACGUUCACGAAGCUUUCCAUUCGAAAAAAAAUAAAGUUGAAUGUAAAUUUCAAUGGAGAAAAAAAAACUUCAACCGAGUUUUAUAACGUGUUCGACACGAAAUUUUAUUACUCGUAUAAUUUAAAAUUACUCCGACAUAAUUUUACGAUGCUUUGAAAGUUAUUAGAAUUUAUAAUCGUGUUUUAAAAUAUGAUUUAUUCCUUUUUCGAAAACUAUGAAAUAGUUCUGAAAUUAUUUUAAGACAUUUCUUCAUCAAUUUUAAAUCUAAUAAUAUCGAAUAAUACACACGUACACAAAUUUUUAACGUGAAAAUUUUUUAUUCGUUUUAAGAAAAUCUAACGUUUCGAAUAUAAUCUCUUAAGAGCGUAAUUUUCAAGAGUGGCCUAGUUACUGCUGCCACCAUAAAAUUUUAUUGUUGAAGUAAGUCCGUGGAGAGCGUCAUAUCUGGCGAUAAAAAUUUCUUUGUUACAUUACAAGAUUCUACAAGAUUCUGCAAGAUUCGGAGGAUGCUAUUAAUUCUUUGGAUCGUGUGAUUUUAAUAUAAUAAAAAAAUCUUUAGAUGAAUACAAAGCUUAAUAAAUUUCUUAUAAAAAGGGUAUAGGGAUUUUAAAUCUUCAAUAACCUUAUUUAAACAUCUUCAUAUUCGUUUGGAGAAUUUUUGUUAUAUAUAUAUAUACGUACAUACGAAGAAUUUACAUUUGUUAAUACCAAAAAAAAAAAGAUUUUUGUCGCCAUACGAAUCGUGCUAAUUAAAUUUUUCUCUAGCCUCUAACAUUAUAUAAAUAUUGGGUGGCAAUGGUUGCCAGGUCAUUUUAUACUUAUCGAUAUAAUCUUUUUAUCUUGAUAACAGCAAUUACAUAAAUUAAAAUUUUAUCUAAAGUAUAUAUCAAGUAUAUAUAUUUAUAAUUAAAAAUUUUAUUUAUUAUCCAUUUUAAAUAUAUCGCCUAAAAUUUUAAAAUUAUGCCAACGUGAGCAUAAAUAAGCCUAACAUUGGCUUAAAAUUUAAUUAUAACGUCUUAGUCAUAAAAUAAAACUUGGAUCUAUUUGAAGAAUCAUGAAAAUUGUAAAUAGAAAUAUUUUAUGAAUAUAUUAUUCCUGCAUGUAAUUCGUUUUUGAUCGUGUACAAAAUUACGCGAUUCGAUAUACACGCACCUGACAUACUCGGACAAGUUAGUUGGGCACGAAUAGUGUCGCUAGAAGGACGGUAGAUAGAUCGAUAAAUAGAUGAAAAUAUAUCUAUACGUGCGCGAAGUACGAAUAAAUAUAAUAUAAUGCGUGCUGGCGAUAAUUUACGCGAGAGCAUUAUAUAUAUUAAUCUUGCUGAAUAUUCCAAGAAAGUCUGUCCAUUUUUUCGAAUGUCUCGAAAGUAUUUUAAUCUCUAUUUACUUGUUGCGUGUCAUACGACGCAACGGCAGAAGAAUGAAUUGCGUUUCACUCAAAGUUUUAAACACAUGCAUUACAAUUAGUAGAGUAGAUCGUGCGUGGACACUGUUAUACAGGUAUGAACGCGUACGUAAACUGACUAGUGAUUAAGUUCGGUGCUAAUCAAGAAAGAUGUAUAAAUUAUACACAUCGUUUUAUUACAAAUAACGAUUGCAUCAAUUAUGUUUUUUUUCGAAACGAGCGAAUAGGUUUAACUCUUUGAAGGAAUACGAAUCGAAAUCUAACCUCGUUAAAAAUCGAAAAAGCCUUCAUCAAAUUAACCGUGUCAUCUAGAUCUUAUAUUUUACCUCUAAUUUUUUAAUAGA